AGUAGUAGUAGUAGUAGUAGUAGUAGUAGUAGUAGUAGUAGUAGUAGUAGUAGUAGUAGUAGUAGUAGUAGUAGUAGUAGUAGUAGUAGUAGUAGUAGUAGUAGUAGUAGUAGUAGUAGUAGUAGUAGUAGUAGUAGUAGUAGUAGUAGUAGUAGUAGUAGUAGUAGUAGUAGUAGUAGUAGUAGUAGUAGUAGUAGUAGUAGUAGUAGUAGUAGUAGUAGUAGUAGUAGUAGUAGUAGUAGUAGUAGUAGUAGUAGUAGUGUAGUAGUUAGUAGUAGUAGUAGUAGUAGUAGUAGUAGUAGUAGUAGUAGUAGUAGUAGUAGUAGUAGUAGUAGUAGUAGUAGUAGUAGUAGUAGUAGUAGUAGUAGUAGUAUUAGUAGUAGUAGUAGUAGUAGUAGUAGUAGUAGUAGUAGUAGUAGUAGUAGUAGUAGUAGUAGUAGUAGUAGUAGUAGUAGUAGUAGUAGUAGUAGUAGUAGUAGUAUAUAUAGUAGUAGUAGUAGUAGUAGUAGUAGUAGUAGUAGUAGUAGUAGUAGUAGUAGUAGUAGUAGUAGUAGUAGUAGUAGUAGUAGUAGUAGUAGUAGUAGUAGUAGUAGUAGUAGUAGUAGUAGUAGUAGUAGUAGUAGUAGUAGUAGUAGUAGUAGUAGUAGUAGUAGUAGUAGUAGUAGUAGUAGUAGUAGUAGUAGUAGUAGUAGUAGUAGUAGUAGUAGUAGUAGUAGUAGUAGUAGUAGUAGUAGUAGUAGUAGUAGUAGUAGUAGUAGUAGUAGUAGUAGUAGUAGUAGUAGUAGUAGUAGUAGUAGUAGUAGUAGUAGUAGUAGUAGUAGUAGUAGUAGUAGUAGUAGUAGUAGUAGUAGUAGUAGUAGUAGUAGUAGUAGUAGUAGUAGUAGUAGUAGUAGUAGUAGUAGUAGUAGUAGUAGUAGUAGUAGUAGUAGUAGUAGUAGUAGUAGUAGUAGUAGUAGUAGUAGUAGUAGU